AUGAUGCCUUUCGACAAAGCUUCUGAAAUGAAAUGCAAGGAGAUCGAUAAAAUCAAACGUCGUCAUAAAACAGACGACUCUGCUGUUGCAUCAACUUUAAGAUGUGGUGAAGAUACGUUACAGUGCUCAAAAAUGGAGAAUGUCGACGAAAAUACCGGAAAACCAACCGAUUUAUGUUUACAAGGCAAUUCCCACCUCAUAUCUAGUACAACAAGCAGUCUUGCUGAUACGCCCGGCGAUUCUGGAGUUUUGUGUUUGGAUAGUGAUGCAUCAGAGGCUACGAGUCAGGCUCUUAUGUCCCAUAGCCUUGUGGGGGCCGAAGAAUUAACGUGCGAUAGUAUCUACGAUGCUGUACCUAGCGGUUCCCAAGACAUGAUAAAGAGUACCAAUAGCAGUAUCAUGACUCGCAGUGACAUAGAUAACCAAAAUGUAGGAGCACCUGAUGAUAUUGUACCUGAACUUUUGAUUGAAGUUCAUUCAAAGCCUGUGUAUGAGAAUCUACCAGACGUUGUUCUAAAAGCAUUGGAGAGUGAGAAAGUUUGUACUGAUGAUGUUAAAAAGUCUGCUCUAAGGUCGACUGAACCAAAGAAAUCUUUAUCAGAGGACAUUGUAUAUAGGCGGAGAUGUAGAAAAAAAUCUCAAAGUGGACCCAGCUCACAGAAAAAAAGAGUGUCUUUUCAUGAGGACAUUUUAAAUAAUACAAGAACUGAUAAUAUUCAUAUAGAAAGAGGCUUCAUUUCUUAUGGACCAAAUGGUUCAUAUUGUGAUAAAUUCAGGCAAAAGAAUGCUGUAAAUGAUAGAUUCUCAUGGUGCUCGUCUGGAGAUAGGCAACAACCGAAAUAUGCUGCUGAUGUAGCUCAACAGACAAUGUCAGAUAUACUCACAUAUGGAGAUUCAAAGCAUGACAGAAGUGGUAUAUUUGAAUAUACUCAAGGCUUUGAAAGAAAUAAUCAAGACAAUAAGGAUUCUGAUAACAAUAAUGAAACAAAGGCCACAAACAAAAUGUACGGCUGUGACUCGAAUAGCUCAGAUUCAAACUUCAGCUGCGAUUCAGAAACCUCAUCCAGUGAUACUUCCUCCUCACACUCACAUAAAACGGAAACAUUACAAGUCCACAAGAAAACGGACAAAACACAAAAGUCAUUCUCCUGCGACGGCUUCGAGAAUGGUGGAGGGCAUGUGUCGUUCAUAAGAAAGACAUAUUUCUCGGAAGCUGACAUAGAUCAGAAUAACGACAGAAAGAACAAGCCUUUGGAAGUGACACAGAGCCCGAUCACAGUGAAAUCGGUGCUCAAGAAAAAAAGAUACAUCAGCACAAACAUCGUAGAAGAGAGGAAGAAUAAUAACAAAGUCUUGAGUUUACUUGACGCCAACAACAUAAUCGAUUCAUUGAAGAAUUUCUAUAAAAAUUUCAAUUUCAACUUUGCACCUGAAAAGGGCUUGCCGGAAACUAGUUUGGAACUUAACAACGUUGUUGAAGCUUUAUCAUGUGAUGUCAAUCAGAAUACUAAGAAAAUUUCGAAAAGCUUAGACUCUGGCUUUCAAAUCGACGAUGAGGAUGACUUUGUUGAAAUCAAUUUGAACUCUCAACCUAUAGAUUUGGAUAAGCCUAAAGAAGUUAUGACUGGUUCAAGGACUUCCGUGGCAGGAGAUCGAACUCCAAGCGAGGGAUCGCCUCGUCAUAAAUUGACUCUCAAUAUGAAAGCACAACACGACAAAAAACUAUUAAACAAAGACGUGCUGCCGCCGCUCAGCAAAUACGUGGUCAACUGCGAGAGUACUGUGUAUGAACACAAAGGAGUUUCUUACAGCUACGUUCAUGAUACAUUUCAAACAGCAUUCGAAGCACCCAAAGAAUCUUUCGUGCCGAUACCAGAAUCCACACCUAUCAAGGAGAUAGUGUUGAGUUCUAGCAAGACGGAUUUGAACAAACAAUCCGACGAUAAUAAUUCAAGUAGGACAUCUACACCGAAGCGCCAAUUCAACAAGAACGUGCAAGAAGAAACUGAACAGAAGAACGGCAUUUCCAAGCACCUGUCUUCACCAAAGAAGCAGAAUGUUAAUAGAUACAGUCGCAAGUCCGCUUCAACGGCUGCACAGAAGAAUGAUGAUGCCAGCGACAAUUGCUCAAACACGGACAACUCAACCCUAAAAGGCGCAGACGAUUUCAACGACGAUUACUUCGACAGCCCAUCCAAUCAGAAAUUGCAGAGCAACAAAUCGAUCAUACUCAACAGAUAUCUGAAAAACGUUUGCCAGAAGAAAGAUCUAGAACUGAAGAUUAAAAACAACAAGUUCUAUCAACUCAAACUGAGAAUGGAGAGACUGUUUCCCAGCAUCAUAUAUCCGUUUAAAGAUGUGUCCGAUACUUAUAACAUUUCCGCAGCAAGGAUGUCGCGGCUCAUCGACAAAGAAGUUAUAGAGAACAAACGUUUGUCGGUCAGAUUACUGACAGCCGAUGAACCAUCAUACUUCGAUAGCUUCGAAGACAACGUGGCUAUCGAAUGCAACGAAAAGCUACGGCUUCAGAUAUUCUCAUAUCCAAAUGAAACACUUAAUAGGAUGAUGAAAGUGCAGUCUCCAUACAGCAUGGAAGAUGGUUCUUGGACGCCGCUCUUAGUUUUCAUCACGGACUACGCUCUAUACGUGGCGAGUGUCAAGCCGGGCGGUACGGAGUAUGACAUACUCUGCAGACUACCCCAUGAUGAACUAGACGCAAUCGCUGUCGGUCCCGAAGCUCAUUACAUCCAAGUGAUUGAUGUGGCUGGUAACAUAGCAUGUUCUGUGGUCACUGGCGAGUCUUCACUGGGGGCGAGGCUUGCGUCGAGUCUGGAAUGGAGCGCUAGGACUUCGCCCCUACGUAUACAACGCCCUCCGGCCAUGCUGCCGCUAUCCUGCAAACAUCUAGCCGCCGCUGUUACAAGGAAAAGACAUGAAACAAGGGUGCCACCGAUUUUAUACUACGGUCGAGCGUGUUCCGGGGACGCAGAGGAUCGCUUAGUGGAGGCGCCAGGAGCCUUCGCCCCACCACUAGAGGGGUACCUCAUGUGCAAGACUGAUAGGAGCAAGAGAUUUGAACCGUGUUACUUCCUAUUAAGGGCUGGGGUCCUUCACUGGGGUCCUCAUUCACCAGACGGGACUCCACUCCCAAAUAACAUAUCCCUCCGCUCCGUAGUAGGGGUGAGGCGUCAUGUGGACGUGUCCCGUAGACCACAUUGCUUCGAGAUUGCAUUAGGGGACAAUAGCAGAUUGUUAUUAGCGGCCCCCGAUGACCCCACAGCCUCAUCAUGGCUGCAAUCACUAUUGCUACAUGCUGCUCAGGCUCUCGAAGAAAAGGAUGGUUCUAAGAAGUGUGAACGUGUGGGUCCACCACCAGCCUGUACUAUACUAGUGACUCCCACCGAGGUGGUCAGUUUAAGAGACACCUUGGACCUCGCCUUUGUAGCAGGAGCAGCGGCUUACCUUAAAGACAGGGGCUCGGAAGCACUGUUCAAAGAAUACGUCGAGGAAAUGAACACGGACAUUGAAAUAUUAGCCUGCGGUUCAAUAAAGAAUCUGACGGCCUUUAAGAUACCCGACAACGAUGAGAACUGGUGUUGUUUGGAAUGGAGCGUCUGUGAAGCUAGAGAGCGCGGCGCUGGACUCGCUCUUGCACUACCGUCCGCCGCGGAGCUUGAAAGACUACUAGCGGCGAUCGAGGACGCGCACUCAAUGUUAACGCAUGAACCAUUCCCAUUGAGUGUUGUGGAAGCAUCAAAAUCUCCAUGCAGUUUAGCCUACCACAAGUAUGAAAAGGCCUGGUCGCACAUGUUACCACAACAGUGA